CGGGCGGCGGGCGGGCGAUCCCGGGCGGAAGCGAUCCCCGGGCCAAGGCGGCGAUCCCCGGGCAGAGGCGACCCCGGGCGGGUGAUCCCGGGCGGAGGAAGCGAUUCCGGGCGGCCCCACCAUGAAGCUCAUCAUCCUGGACACGUACUCGCAGGCCAGCGAGUGGGCGGCCAAGUACAUCCGCAACCGCAUCGUCCAGUUCGGGCCGGGCCCCGGGCGGUUCUUCACGCUGGGGCUGCCCACAGGCAGCACCCCGCUGGGAUGCUACAAGAAACUGGUGGAGUAUUACCGGAACGGGGACCUCUCCUUCAAGUACGUGAAGACCUUCAACAUGGACGAGUACGUGGGUCUCCCGAGGGAUCACCCAGAAAGUUACCAUUCCUUCAUGUGGAAUAACUUCUUUAAGCACAUUGACAUCUCACCAGAGAAUGUCCACAUUUUGGAUGGAAAUGCACCUGAUCUCCAGGCAGAGUGUGAUGCGUUUGAGGAGAAAAUCAAAGCAGCUGGAGGAAUUGAACUCUUUGUUGGAGGUAUUGGCCCGGAUGGUCACAUUGCUUUCAACGAGCCGGGAUCAAGUUUGGUGUCCAGGACACGAGUGAAGACCUUGGCCAUGGACACCAUAUUGGCUAAUGCCAGGUUCUUUGAUGGUGACCUCUCCAAAGUCCCCACAAUGGCCUUGACAGUCGGAGUAGGCACUGUCAUGGAUGCCAGAGAGGUGAUGAUUCUGAUCACAGGAGCCCACAAAGCCUUUGCUUUGUACAAAGCCAUCGAGGAAGGUAUCAAUCACAUGUGGACAGUGUCUGCCUUCCAGCAGCACCCCAACACCGUGUUCGUGUGUGACGAGGAUGCCACGCUGGAGCUCAAAGUCAAGACAGUGAAAUACUUUAAAGGUUUAAUGCUGGUUCACAACAAGCUCGUGGAGCCCUUGUACAGCAUGAAGGAGACCGGAGCAGAGAGGAGCCAGUCUAAGAAGCCGUACAGUGACUGAUCUGCUCGGGGCAGUGCUGAACCAGCUGUUGAAAACAGCUGGGAAAAAAAGGGAAUUUUUCCAAAAACUGUUCUCAUAUUUGUUCUUAAAUUAGCAGAAUGGUCAUAUGGUUGCUUCUCGCCAUUAAAGAGACAGAUGCCAAACACCUGCCUUAAUUAACCAAAUGGAUGGAUCCAGUGCACUGUGUUCCACAAACUUCUGUCACUAACUCAUUCUCUGAAGGUGAAGUCAGUGAAGGAUGAGUUGUUUGAUCUAUGAACUGACUGAAUCUUUGUCUGAAGGCUGCAAAACUGAAAUGUGAGGAUAAGUGAAAGUCCAACACAAACCGAGUGGGUAAUCGCUUUGAGGUGUAUUCCUUGUAAUUAGGACAAGUACCUCUUGUGUCAUUCCUUCUCCAUGAAACACUCCUGCAUUAGAAUAAUGGAAAAUGGGAAGCGAACUUGUCCAGGUGGAGAAGGGAAAGCUUCACAUGAGCAGCCCCAGAGCCAGGAGGGGGUCAGCGAGAAGAUGGAGCCGGGAGGAAGAUGAGAAGAGACAGUGGGACCUGAGCGGAGACACAAUGCUCAGACUGGAUAGAAAGAUACAAUCUCCUCAUGGGGACAGCCAAGCAAUGGGGCAGAUUCCCCAGAAGCUGUGCAGGCUCUGUCCUUAGGAGGUUUCCAAAAUCUGACUGGAUAAAGCCCUGGCUGAGCCCUGCUUUGAGCCAGAUGUUGGACUUGUGAUCACCUCAGCACAGGAGGCUACAGCAGCAUUCACCCACACAGGGUUAAUUGUGCAGUUUGGGCAUCUGAGGAUGUUAUUGAUGUCACACAAGAAGCCCUUCAUGUUCAGUCCCAGGGUAUAACUUUCUAUGCCCUGGUGCUUUAUGAAGUACUCAAAAGGGUAGAUUAGUUCAGAUGAAGCAGAAGUGACCUCUCUGUGCUCAGCACUGUUCAUUGUAACAGGGCAGAGCCUGAAGCAAUAUGUUCUCUCUCCUCACUGCAGAACUUUCCAUUGCUCUGAGUAAAUGCCAAACCAGCCUCCAAGGAAAUGCUCUGUUCCCACUGGCUUCAGCCUCUCUUUAAUAACAGAAGUCCCACAUGGGUGGACAACAGCCUGUACUAGCAAGACCCCACUAAUUCUGAUAUGUGAUUCCUGGGAUUCUCAUCCAAUGCUACCACAGGAGGGGCAAGAAAACUGAGCGACGUUUAUUUUCUUUAUGCAGAAAUUUUGUAAGCUGUUGAUCUGUAAUGCAACUUUCUAGACUAAACAUCUUUAAUUUUUUCUAAA